AUGUUCAAGCCACAUUAUCAUUUGGCCGCAGUGCUGCUGUGUUUCGUCUUCGCCACAGCGCAGGUUGUGCCAAAUGCAGAAAUCGGUCGGAUUACCAUCCAAGUGCCGUUGCUGUCCAAUGGGAAGCCCGUGAUCCUGGCCAACCAGGAACGGGAAGAGGUCGCCACCGUGGAGGAGAUCAAGCCCGGAAAGGUCCAUGUUGUCCAGGAGGUGGUGGUGCCACCUACAGUGAAGUCCGAUAACAAGCUGCGGGUGGCUCGAUCAGUUUCGGAUUCUGGUAUACCUAACCAUGGAAUCCCAAAUCCUGGCAUCCCCAACCAUGGAAUACCGAAUCGUGGAAUCCCCAAUGAUGGUAUCCCGAAUCCUGGCAUUCCCAACCAUGGAAUCCCGAAUCCAGGCAUCCCCAAUCAUGGAAUUCCAAACCGUGGCAUUCCUAAUGAUGGAAUCCCUAAUCCUGGCAUUCCUAAUCAUGGAAUCCCGAAUCCUGGCAUCCCCAACGAUGGAAUCCCCAAUCCUGGCAUCCCCAAUCCCGCUGCUUCCGAACUGAUGCCGGUUGUUGCAAUGCCCAGCAGUCGUACCACCAGUGCACCCGCAUCUACAUCAAUGCCCAAGCGAGUGCCAACCAGGAAUUGUUUCCAUCUGCUGAUGGGAGGCAUUGCCACCACGUCGCCUGCGGAUAUGAUGACGCCUCCCCCUACGGAAAACUGCGAUGAGCUGUGCACCAAGUUCGAGUACUCGCCCAUUUGUGCCCACAAUGGAAUCUGCAUCCAUGAGUUCGCAAAUCAGUGCGUGAUGAACACCUUUAACUGCAAACAUCGGGAUUUGUCUUUCCGAGCAGUGGACGAGGAUGUCUGCCGGCUGGGGGUUUGCAUGAGGCGAUGCAAGGAGGAGGAACUGACGCUUUAA